AUGGGAUCCGAGAACCGCGAGAUAAGUCGGUACGAGGUUACAGCGGUUUACACACAUCCAGAAGCCAAGGCCGACAUCGUCCUUGUUCAUGGACUCAACGGGGAGCCAGACAUGACAUGGACUGCGAAGGAUGGAAAGACGUUCUGGCCGCUGGAUCUUCUACCGACUGCACUCAAGGGCACACACGCAAACAUCCUGGUAUACGGGUAUAAUGCGGACGUCUACUCCAAAGGAUACGAUCGAACAACCAGUAAUCACUUUAUUAACCAACACGCCGAAGAUCUCGUCACGAACCUCACGCUUUACCGAAGAAGUCAAGGGACAUCCGAGAACCCUAUCAUAUGGGUAUGUCACUCACUAGGAGGCAUUCUCGUAAAGAGAGCUCUACUAUACUCCCAUGAUGAUCGGAUGCAGCAGCCUGGGGCGUAA